AUGGCAUCUGGAGGAGGGAAUAUCAAGGUCGUGGUGCGAUGUAGGCCCUUCAACGGCCGAGAAAUCGACCGCAGAGCACAAUGUAUCGUGCAAAUGAAGGGCGACCAGACCAUCCUCUCACCCCCCAAAAACGUCGAUGUCAAGGGAAAAGCCGCCAAAGCCGCCUCAGAGGGCACCAAAACCUUCGCUUUCGACAAGUCGUACUGGUCGUUUGACAAGAGCACAUUUAAAAGAGGGUCCAGGGCGAGACAAGAACUCGAGCUGCACAGUUCGAGGUUUUCGUCUUGGGAGAUCUACAACGAGAAGGUCCGCGAUCUCCCUAAACCCAUCGAAUAA